GGGAAGGGAAGAGAGGGGAAAGAGGAGGGGAGAGAGGAAGAGAGGAGGAAGGGACGGGAGGAAGAAGGAAGGAGAGAGAGAGAGAAGGGAAGAGAGAGGAGAAUAGGGAGGAAGAAGGGAAUGAGAGAGAGGAGGAAGGAAGGGAAGAGAGAGGUGAGGGGAGGAAGAGGAGAGAGUGAUGAAGGGAGAGAGGAGAAGGAGGGGGAAGAGAGGAUGGGGAGGUUGAGGAAGAGGGACAGGGAAGAGGGAAAGGAAGAGAUAGGGAGAGAGCAGAAGAAGAGAGGAGGGAAGAGGAAGGAGGGAGGGAUGGGAAAGAGAGAGAAGGAGGAGAAGGGACCGAAGUGGAAGAGAAAAGAGACGCGGAAGAGAGAGGAGAGGGAAGAAGAAGAGGAUGAAGAGAAGAAGAAGGAGAGGAGAAAAAGGGAGAGAGAGAGAGAGAGAGAGGGGAUGAAGAGGGAGAGAAGGAAGGAAAGGGAAGGGAAGAGGAUGAGGGGGAAGAAGGAGGAGAGAGAGAAAAAAGGGGAGGAAUAG